AUGCUUGAAGCUAUUAUUAAUGACAGUGAUUUUAUUAGCAAGGAUGUGUUAAUUGAUAAUAAAAAUUAUGUUAAUUUACUUAAUAGUUGCAAGGGUCUUAGUUUUUAUUUAUAUCAUAUAAAAAAUAAAACUGGAACUAAUGAAGAUUAUAAUAAAUUAGCUUGUAAAUAUUUCAAUUACAAGUUACAAGACAUGUUAGAGAAUUGUGGUUGUAAUCUUAAAGAUCCAGAAAGUGCUUACAAUAAAAUGAAACAAUAUAGUUACCUGCUUCCUAUAAAUGAAAAAAGUUUCCUUGAUAUAUGUAAUAAUGAUGUUACAAGUCUUCAAGAGAGAAUAUUUAAAAUAUUUAAGUAUUUUGAUCAACUAUAUUUUGUUUUACUAUUAAUAAAGAACGAUAUGCACUGCUCAAAAUAUGCAGGAAAUUUUAAGGUUUAUGUGAAUAAUUUAAUAGAAUAUGUAUCCAAGAACAAUAGUAUAGCUACUUUACUAAAUGCUUUAAUAAAUAAGUAUAAUGAAAGAAUUUUGAAAAAUAUAUCCUGUGCAGAAGAAAUACCUCUGAUUGAAAUAUCUGUGACUGAAAAACCUCAGCCUGGACAUCAUCUGACUGAAGGAUCUGCGAAAAAAAAUAAAAUAAGUGACAACAUGGAGUUGCAAACAAUCCAAAUAAAAAACUCAGCCUUAUCAAUAGGAAAAUGGAUAGGAAUUAUUAUUAUGCCUUCAGCAAUGUUAUUAAUGACAUUCUUUUUAUAUAAGGUUAUAUAUAUUUUUUUAAUUUAG